AUGUGGAAGGACUAUCUAGGAUUACAUACAGUCCUCAAGAACACUUCAGAUCAGGAGAGCCAAGAGAACUUCCAGCGGCAGGAGGAGCUCCCAGAGCCUUCCCAUGGUACCACCUCAGCAGAGAAGAUCGCUGAACGCUUGCAGUGCACCUUCUGCAGGCACAAUGGGGAGCACUGGAGGGUGUUCACUGCCCACAAUCUGCGGGAUCAGCAGGGGAACGUUCUCUGCCCUGUUCUCAGAUCCUACACCUGUCCACAGUGUGGUGCCAGUGGAGACAAAGCCCACACAAGGAGGUUCUGCCCCAUGACCACCAAGAACUACACCUCUGUCUACAAGACCGCAGCCAGUGCCAUUCCUUCUAAGAGGCAGUGA